AUGGACGAGGUGGGCGCGUACGUCCGUGGGAGCACCAGGGAAGUACCAACAGCUCAGGAGCAGCGCCAAGCGGGCGCGGACCAAGAAUGGAACGCCAAACGCGGGUCCGGCCCCAGACAGCUGCCACGGCCACAGAUGGUGGACGAGCCGGGCGCGGACGUCCGUGGGAGCACCAGGGCAGGGCCAAAACGUCAGGAGCAGCACCAGGCGGGUGCGAACUGGGAACGGAACGCCCGAUGCAGGACGGGCCUCAGACAGCUGCCACAGAUGGCGACCAAGUCGGGCGCGGACGUCCGAGGGAGCACUGGAGAAGAGAUAACACAUUGCAGGCAGCGCCAGGCGGGCGCGGACGGCGACCUGGCGAUGCUGGCGGGCGGCAUCGUAAUGGCGUGGUCGUCGCCGGCGCUGCCCAAGAUGAGCCUGAGCCCCUCGGAGGGGUCGUGGGCGGGCUCUCUGCCGUCGCUGGGUGCCGCCGUGGGCCCCUGGCUGGGCGGCUGGCUGUCCGACAGGCUGGGCCGCAAGGCCACCGUCAUGCUGGGCGCCGCGCCCAUCGCGCUCAGCUGGCUGGCGCUCAUCUUCUGCGAGUACGAACCCGUCUGGCUGUGCGUCGCGCGCUUCGUGUCCGGCCUCGGCGUCGGACUCGUCUACGGCGGCAUGCCGACCUACGCGGGGGAGAUCUCACAGGCGGACGUCAGAGGCGCGCUCUCCUCGCUCAUCCAGCUCUCGAUGACGACCGGCUUCGUGAUCGUCUCCUGCGUGGGCCCGUUCGUGUCGUACAAGACACUGGCAGCCAUCGGGCUGGCGUCGCCGCUGGUGGCCGUGGCGUGCUUCGCCUGGAUGCCCGAGUCGCCCUACUACCUGCUGGCCGUGGGGAAGGACGCCGCCGCCGAGAAGUCGUUGCGCUGGCUGCGGGACCCGGACCGCGACAUCAUGUCGGAACUGCGUCAGAUGAAGAAAGCCGUGGAGGAGUCCAAGCUGAUCGAGCCCUCCGUGUUGGACCUGUUCCGGUCGCGCCGUUGCCGCCGCGCGCUGGCCAUCUCGCUGGGCGUGGUGUGCGCCGAGCAGAUCCAGGGCAUCAACGCGGUGCUCUUCUACACGCAGAGCAUCUUCAUCGCGGCAGGUGGUUCCGUCAGCGACAUCGUAGCGCCCAUGAUCAUCAACGGCACCAUGUUCGUGGUGUCGUGCUUCGCUCCCUUCCUGGUAGACCGAAUGGGUCGCAGGCGGUUGCUUCUCUUUUCUUCUACCGGCAUGUGUCUGGCAUUGAUUCCUUUGGGCGUAUUCUUCGUUUUAAGCGACGCAAAGCAGGAUGUGGAGAGCAUCGGAUGGAUUCCCGUCACAGCCCUAAUCUUCUACAUUAUGGUCUACUCGCCAGGUUACGGCUCCCUAUCAUUCACGGUAUCUGGCGAAGUCUUCCCACCCAACGUGAAGAUCGUGGCGAUGCCGAUGGCCGCAUGCGUGUCUUGGUUCAUGUCCUUCAUAGUCACCAGGUUCUACGAAGACAUCGCCCUCGCAGUGGGAAACGGGGGUCCCUUCUUCGUGUUCGCGGGAUGCGCACUACUCGUAAUGAUUUACGUCUACUUUGUGGUGCCGGAGACGAAGGGGAAGACCCUUGAGGAAAUACAAGAGAUGCUCGGCGAGGAGAAGGGCGCGCCCUUCGGACCUGUGCUGCCAGCGAUCGGUAGUUAGAGAACUCUGCUGUGCAAUAUUCUGUGCCGGGAGCUGCUUCGUUAUGUGGAAGUGUUAGUAGACAGUGGCUUCUUCUUGUGUUAGUAUGUCCAGAGUUGCCAAUACUUCGAUGGAGCACCUCAAGAAGAAGAAGCAUGCAACGCUGUUACUAGGGAAUUAUUUCAGAAGUAAGAACACAGAAAAUGCACCGUCUGUUUCAUUAUUAGACGU